CACUCCUGCUGCCAGUUGUGUUGUAGACUGUGGUGGUGACGGACGUGACGCCUCCCGCUCCUCUGCUUCCGUAGUGAAGUUGUGAACAGUGAGCAAGGAACAAGAGGUGACGUAGGCGGUGUAAGUGAAGCGACCGCCAUCCCGGAACACUUAUAAGUGAGCAGGCGUCACACUUCCCCGUCUCCAGGUGGACUUGGUGUUAGUGAAGAGCUGUGCACGGGACACAAGGCUCCUCUCUCACCCCUGCACCUGCACCAGCUCCAAUAAUCUCCCAGCAAGGGCGUCGCCGUCCACCUGGUACUUGAUACAGGUGUGUGUGUGUGUGUGUGUGGGAGAGCAGCAGCAGCACCACCAGUCUUCACCAAGGAUGGGUGUAUUUGAUGGGCAGACGAGAAUGAUGAAGAACUCCGGCCUGCUUAGGUGGAGCAACAACAAGAACAACAACAACAACAACAACAAAACUAACAACGUUAAAAAUGCCAACAAGAACUGGAUUCAUCCCCCGGAGGCACUGCAGAAAGGUCACAUUGCCUACCUGGUUAAAUUCCUUGGGAGCACAGAAGUGGACCAACCAAAGGGCAUCGAGGUGGUGAAAGAGGGCAUUCGUAAACUUAAGUUCAAUCAGCAGCUGAAGAAGGCUGAAGGCAGCAAGACUCCAAAAGUAGAACUGACUGUGUCCAUCGAUGGAGUUGCUAUACAUGAACCUAAAACUAAGCGAAAUCUCCACCAGUACCCACUGCAUAGGAUCAGUUAUUGUGCGGAUGACAAGGCCGAGAAGCGGUUCUUCAGUUUCAUUGCCAAGGAGGCCGAUUCUGAUAAACACACAUGCUUUGUCUUUGUCAGCGACAAGUUGGCUGAAGAAAUCACUCUAACGAUUGGCCAGGCCUUUGACUUAGCAUAUCGGCGGUUUGUGGAGACUUCAGGCCGCGAGGUAGAGAUGCGUCGUCAGCUGCUUUUGCUACAGAAGCGUGUGCAAGGGCUGGAGGAUGAGAACCAAAUACUAAAGACUCGUAUCACACAAAUGGCCACCUUAAAGAACAGACCAGAUGUGGAAGAGUACAUGAAAGAAAACAAUAUCUCUGAUUUGCUGACACUGAAUGGUGAGAGCAGCACUGAUCCUGAGUCGCUGUGUGAGCCGCUAGCUUCGACUAGUGGCAUCAGCCCGCCACCCGUUCCACCAAGGAACACUCCAAAGCAAGACGAAGACUCGACUCUAAUCCAAGAUAUAUUAUCAAGCCCAAUAACUUCAAAUGGUGCCGAUGAUGAUGAUUUUAACCCGCGGGCGGAAGAAGCACUAACGACUAAUGUGGAUGUUAUGAACAGCUCCUCCAGCAAUGGAAGCGAUGAAGCUCAUGAUGAAGAUGAUGAUUUUGAUCCCAGAGCAGAGGAAAAGAAGCCUCCGUCAUUUGCCAAUGUUCCUACACCUGAGUUAAAUGGCUUUACUUCUCUACCAGCUCUGGUUCCUCCUCCUCGGCCAGCUAGAGCUCUUGAGCAUCCUGCGCAUAAUGGUUUGUCAGAUGACAUAUUUGACCCAAGUGGAGAUCCUUUUGGAUCUGUGGCCUUUUCCCCUCCUAGCAACAGUAACGAUGCCCUUGCACAAUUCAUUGAAAUGAAGGCUGGGUUCAGUCGGGGACUUUCCUUUGGCACUACAGAUGAUGACUUUACUCUCGAGAGUUUGGAUCCACUGAAGAACUAAUGUGUAAGGAUCAGGUGUUGAGAACCUGCGUGAUACAAGAUACUCCCAGAAUAUUGAUUUGCCUUUGUGAUUUCUUUACUAGGUAUAUGACUGUCAUUACUGAGUGGGAAGCACCAGUCUAAGAAAGACUGGGCUGUGAAACUUUCAUGUAAACAGUGACUGCACUUGUAGUUCUCCAGCAAGUACUGAAGAGUAUUAAAGUGUUAUUUACAACUAUCCAAUUGAUAUAUUUGGGCCUGCCUGAAGCUGACUAAAUAUUUCAUCAUUUCAGAACACAAAUAGCCGUUUAUGAUAAUAGAGUUCACUAUUUAUACAGUACCUCUUUAUGGCAACCACUUAAUUCUAAAUUUGUCAUUACUUACAGUUAAUGGUGUGUUAUGUUUGACCAAAUUUUGAUAAAGGUUUAAUGUCAGUUUUGAUGCUUGAAUGGAGAUAAUUAUGAGAGAAGCAAGCAUUGUCACUGUUGCCUCAGCUUGUGCUACAAUGUGAACUGACCACCAUUAUUUCUCCAGGACAAACUAUAGUAUGUGGUAGUGAUUCCAGAAUUGCACUGUAUCUGCACAUACCUUUAGAAAAGGGAAGGCAACAAGGCUUGGAGUUGACAUUUAUGAAACGUAUUCAUUCCUGUUUACCAUAUAAAAUGGAAAUAGGAAGUGUGAAUAUUGAUGACGAGAGUGUUAUUGUAGGAUGAAUAUAAACUCCGGCCAUCUGUCACAAAAAGCACACAUAACAAAAUAUACAAUUUUAAGAGUACUGUAUUGAAAGAGAUUUAUAAUAAGAAUUGUAAUGAAUGAUUUAGAGGUUAGCGAUAUAUUUUAAAUAUCUGGCUCUGGUGAAUUCUAAAAAUGCUAAAUGAAUAAGAACUGAUUUGCUUUAAAACAUUUGAACUCAUGAGUGGAAGAAUUUAAUUUACCGUGUUAAUGUAUAUCAGUUGUGAAAACAAACACAAAUAUGUGAUAAAUUUAUUAUCAUGUUCGAGGUGUUAGUAUUGGUUGUGACACUAUGCUGUGUGUGUGUGUGUGUGUGUGUGUAGCAACUUUCCUUAAAUUAUAAGACAUAAUGUACUAGAUAGCAGUGGGAAUCCCAUUCACAAGCUUUGAAUAUAUCAGGAAUGCUUUUGAAUUGGUUGCCUUAUUAAAGAGCAUUGAGCUUUGCCUGGAGAAUUAUAUUGUUAGAGUGAAUUAAAUAAUACUAAUUACUUUCUCCUACUCAGUAUUGCAAUGCUUGUUUAGGGACUCUGUUAGUUUUCUGGACAAUAUAUAUCGGAAUAAUAUUUAUGACUUUAUGAAAUCAUAGCAAAGUAUAUUGUUAAUUGUUUAUAUAUGAGGGGAAAACCAUCCUUUUGUUGAGACAUAAUAUAUAUCCACAUAGAUAUCUAUUAGAUGAUAAAAACUUAGUGGUAGCUUACUACUCACUUAAGGAUCAAUAAGUUAUUUUAUUCAUGUAGUGAUAAUGUCACUCAUUUUUAGCUAUCAGUCACUAAGCAGAUGUUCAGCUUAAUGGAGAAUGAACUAUGCAUCACCAUCCCCCAGCACGGGGAGGUGCAGACACACAGUUUAUGCUGAAGCUUAGCUCGUAUACUAGACUACAUCACUACAGCUAAAACCUCAGCUGGGCAGUCACACUAUGGCUUAAUGUUGCAGCUAGAAUGAGAGUUAAAUCAUAAUAUAUAUUGACAGUUACGUUUAAAUGAUCAUAAUAUAAUAUAGACACUGUGUGACCAUCAUUUUAUAUACAGUAUAUAUAUCUGAACCAUCAUACUCCAGCCGUAGUCACAAUUUUUGGUUAAGUUAUCAGUUAAGUAAAGCUAAAUUGUCAUGUUACAGUUUGAGCCAAAUUUCUAGUUUUUCCUUCCAUCACAAAAUCGUGUAUAACCAUAAUUAUUGCUGGACCAGCAUACUGUGUCUCAUCUUUGUUGAACCAGCAUACUGUGUCUCAUCUUUGUUGAACUAGCAUACUGUGUCUCAUCUUUGUUGAACUAGCAUACUGUGUCUCAUCUUUGGACACAUUUAUUGAAAUUACUGCAUAUAUUCACAGUUGAUAGUAGCUUAGCCAAACAUUUUGCAAUGUGUAGUUGAAGGUAGUUAUUGUCAAAGCAUCAUUCUUUAUCAUAGAGCUGUAGUUAGGACUAUAGCCUGGCUGUUGUACUGCAACACAUAUUCAUGUGUACAUCAAUAUCUCGACACUCAAUACUACUGACAACUUCUAAGUGGUAAGGUGAGGUAAUUAUGAAGAGAAAGAGCUAAGUCAGUAUGACUAUAUAGCACUUGGAAUGGAUAUGAAGACAAGGAGCUGGAAUAGGACGGAAGGAAUGAAUGGUGCCCCGCCACUUGGGCCAUCAGCGAUUGAACACAGACCUGUAAGAAGUAAGACCUGCACUGUACUGAUGAGUCCAGGUGGUUGAUAGCUGCAUCAGAUAAACCUCUGAGAGUCUGCCUUAUUCUAAACAUAAUCUUGCCUCUUUGGUUUCCAUUACAUGCACUUCACAUUUUCUCUAUGUAUUCCAUUGUGGUUUCUUUAAAGAAUGUUGAUUUAUGUAUUCAUCACUCUUAACCACUUUUAGUUGUGUUUUCCAGUUAUAUCCUCCGUUACUGUUUCAAUACCUUGUAGUUGCCUCUGCCAGUCUAUUAUCAAUGACACACUGAACAUGCACAAACCUUUAGAAUGUAUUUCUCAGAGCCCACAAAGCUAAUGUGUCUGGAUUUCCCACAUGAUCCUAACACUUCAGCCUUAUUAUUUCUUACCAUUUGCUCACAUCUCGGGGUUUGGAGGAUAUAUUCUUACACAGUUUUCUCCUCAUAUUCAUAAUUGUUUCUCAUUCAAAAUCGUCCCAAGUAAACCCGGUCACCUGUCUUCUUUAUUAUUUCAUUUUCUGUAUUUUUGUCUUCAUUUUGAUAUGUUGGAUUAUAAUCAUUCUCACGAUACUUGAAUUUUGUAAUUCGUUCAAUUGUUUCAACUAUAAUUUCAGUGUCUUUUGCAACCAUAUUUUAUUUCUAGAGCAAAAUCUAACGUGUCAGUCUCUUUGUCUUGCGGAAUCCAUUUGUUUUCUUACUAGUAAAUUUGAAAUAUUCUUGUUUUGCAUAUUGUAAACUCAGGAUUACAUGUUGCAAUUGUAUUUGAAUUAUUGGCAAAAAUACUGAUUGGUGGGGACCGCUGCAUAUUAUUUUUGAACUAAGAAUACCUGAUCUACUCAUUAAUUCUUAAAGCUUUCCUUUUCCUCACUUUUCUGGAUCUAUCUUUGCUAAAAAUAUCUGAUAUGAAACUCUUCUAUGUUUUAUAAACCCCCUCAUUGUUUCUUCCUUUCUCAUUAUCUUACUUCAAACUCAUUAUCAGUUUCCUUACCUUGGAAGAGUUAUUUUUUCCUUACCAUGCAUAGUAGGUUUACUUCCCUAAAGUUUCAAUACUCAUCCUAUGUGCUCAUAUGCAAGGGCACCAUUCCUAUUUUUAUCUCAUGUAGAUCCUUCCUCAUUCUCUAGGAAUACAUAAAUUGUUAUGAACCCGUUCUGGCAUGUGGCACUACCACUGUUCAACACCUCUGCUGGUAUUCCAUAUACUCUACUUUGUAACUACUAUUAUACUCUAUACUUCUACCAUAUAUUCUACUUUGGGGAGUAGAAGAACUCCCAGAACCCCAUCAACCAAUCAACCAACUCAAGGAGUUCCCUUUCAUAGUAGGUAAGUUACGGUGUCUCGCACCUCCACUGUUGAUACUGUUUUCCAACUUUGAAUUUUCUUUUCAUUUUCCCUUUUUCUAUAACCCUUCCACUUAAUUUAGUUGCAAAAUGCUACCUGGUAUUAUAAAUAUGGCUACACCAUUAUAAAAUAACUCCCAUCAAGAAAAUUACAGCAAGGCAAUCAUGCUGAACCAUAUAUGUGCAUUUAGAAAUAUAUGCUAAGCUGUUGCACUGCAACAUAUAACUUCAUGUAUAGUAUAGCUAGGCUGUAUACUGUAACAUAUCAUACACAUAAUGUUGGUGCUUUUCACAUGCCUAUGCAUUUGUAUACAAUUAUCAGUGUUGCAUCACACACAAAAAUGUAUCUUCCCCAGACCAUUCCUUACAAAACUGUAUACAGAAAUCUCAUCGCAGUCUCAAGUGGAAACACAUUUAGAUUUGAUGCAUUAAAGGUUUUAAUUCAUACUGAAGCAGCCUUAAAUGUAAAAUGUUUAGAUGUUUUUAUAAUAUGAAAACAAUAGUUUUUGACAUUUGGAUGGCAGCAAAGUGUUGAAAUUAAUAAAAAUGCACUAUUUUUUUAUUAAAGAAUAAUGAUCAGAAUACCCUCGUAUUUAUUUGUUAUCCCAUUGCCAAAUGCUCAAAUGCAUUGUCUAUAUGAUUAUUGAUACCUCUAAUGACUGCAUAUUCAUCAACCACAGACAACUACUUGUUGUUGUACAUGCACUUUUACCUUAGGAAAUACGGUUGUGUUGGUAUUCGUGAUGGAAUGGACACACAGCUACACAUCCCAUUGAUUAUUGUAGGUAGCUACACAUAGUUGUCAUUGAUGCUAGUGAGCAUAUUGUUCAAAGGUAUUAGUGAAGGUGCAGGCUACAAUUAUUUAUUAAUAAAAUAAUAGGUACUGGUACCCCAGGUUGGUGUUGUAGAUCUGAUAUAUGGUUCCUUCACUAUGCUCUGUGAGUUUUCUAUUUCAUUAUUAUAGACACUUUUCAAUGUUUUAUAUAAAAUUCUAUGUUUAAUAAUAAUGUAGGAAUAUUAAUGUAAAUUUGGUAGCUUUUGUCAUUCAGAAUAAAUAAAUGAACCAUAAGGUAGUUGCGUAAACAUAGAUUCAUCAUGAUCAUUUCAAUGAUGUAUUAUACUAAGCUUUACAGCUUUAAUUUGUGAAAUAUAUUGAACAUUGAAGCUAACAUAUACAGUGCUAGUUUUUUUAAGAUAUUAGAGAGCAGGGUACAUGAUUUUGUUUGUUUUUAGCAAACUUGCUAUUAUUAUACAUAAAUUUUAAAAUAUUUUAUUGAGAUAUAAAUAAAAUUCUACUAACAAUACUGAAUUUUGUAACCAGAUAUAUUUUUACAAAGAUCUUAUGAACAUCUAUGAUUAAUUAUUAUUUGUUAAUGCUUUUAAUGUCAGCACAGAAUUUAAAAUGACAGUUUUUUGAUUGUUUCAAUAAAAAUUAUAUUCCUCCAUAUAAGUGCCAGGUUACUUUAAGCUCUUCAAUAUCUUACUUGGUAUGAAUGAAGAGCACAUCUGUAUCCAUAUAAAAUAGCAGCUUGAGUUGCUUGCUACACAAUAUAGACGUUUUAUUGUAGCUUUUUGUUUCCUUACACUUAAAUCCAUGUUCUGUGAGGGCAGCUCAACACUCCCAAGUCUUCUGAGACUGUGAUUACAUUGUGACAGGAUGCAGAUACAAAAUUAUUUUCAACUCCAGCUAACUUAGGUGAAAAUAUCAAUAGAAAAGUUUAUUAUUGCUAGAACAAUCCUGGUUAGUGUUGAAUUCCUAUUGUUGUAUUAGAAAAAAUCUUAUAAUGAUAGGACUUUGUUAAUUUAUUUAGUUUGAAUUUGAGUUGUUGUUGGAUGAAAUUUUUCUGCUUAUGCUGAAUCUCUUGCAAAAUAAUAUAGACUGGUGCAGCUGUAUGCUUAGAGCAAACAUGUAAUGAGUAAGACCAGACGAAUUGGUUCCAAUUUAUAUCAUUGUGAAUGUGAUAUGGAAGGCGUAGAUUUAAAUAGUCUUUCAGUAGUUAACAUUCAGGUUCAGAAAAUGCUAGCUUUCAAAGUUAAUAGUACAGUGAGAUAUGUUUUAAAACCAUUUUAGAUUUCUAGAAUUUACAGAGUUAACUUAAAAUCAUUGCAUAGCUUAAUAAUACCUUGACAAACAGUUGCCUGAACAAUUAUGCUUAUCCUUUUAUGGAUGAUCUGGAAUUUCUAAUUAUAAUGAUAGUUGAUACUAUGUUAGAUAUUAUUUGGAAAUGUUCCUAUGUGCAUUAGUAUUUUGGUGACUGAGCUACAGUAGUUUUUUAAAAGUCUUUGUCUUUCUAUAAGGAACUAAAUAUGUCACCUGACAUGCACACUUUGAUCACAAAUUACACAAAUUUAAAUGAUGAUAUAUAUUAAAUAAAAUAAUAUAGAAAAUAGUAUAUGCUAUAAUAUUUUUGAGUAUACAGAGAAUAUGAUUUUGAAUGAAUUGCAAAAAGUUGAAUGUUUUAGGCUUUCAGUGUAACUUUGGUAUUUUUUUUAAUUCUGCAAGAAUAUCACCAUUUUCUAUAUUUUCUUUAUUAUUUUAUUAAAUAUUUUCUAUCUUUCCUAGAACGUUGCAUGUCACUCGACUCUUGAGGUGUCCUCUGUUAGUACAAUGGAUGGUUGUGAAAUGUUGAAAACUGCUGUUGACAGCAGCAGUCUGUUACAUUGAGAACAUUUUAGAUGCACAUACAAUUUUAAUCCAAUUAUAUGCUUUUCACAGCAGUUAAUAUUAGUGUUGGAGCACAAGUAUACAAAUUAUGAUGAGGGCCAAGUGUGGGACGAGUCCCACACUUGUGGUUAUAUAUUCCUCGUGCACAAGUCCAGCAAUCACCCAAUGCAGACUAGGUAUCUUAUACUCUCAGACAUUAACUCCUUGUUGACCAAACCAUACACUAGAAAGUGAAGGGACCAUGACGUUUCAGUCUGUCCUGGACCAUUCUCAAGUCGAUUGUUUUCACAAUCGACUUGAGAAUGGUCCAGGAUGGACCGAAACGUCGUCGUCCCUUCAUUUUCUAGUGUGUGGUUUGGUCAACAUAUUUCAGCCGCGUUAUUAUGACUCCUCGUCUGUAUUAACUUCAUAUAUUUUGGAACUGUUUCCCAUUUGGCUUUUUGGUGACAUUGACCAUCUAGGACUUCUUUGCCUGGGGUAGAGAACUAGUUCACUGGCUUCCCACAGCUUAUUACUCGUCUAAGUCCAAAAUAACAUUGCUGCUGUGCAGUUGACUGUUCCUUGUAUAUAAUCUGUUCAUUUCUUCAGUGUAAUUCAUUUAUGUUAAUUUUAUACUUUGUUCAUUUUAUGGGGAACCAGCCAGUAUUCCAAGGACUUAGUGAUGCAUUAUUUUCUUUGCUCUCUUCUUUUGUACUUUUUCAUAAGAUAUUACUUAUUUUAUAUCCAUAUAAUAUGAUAGAGCUGAAAUUUCUUCUGUGUACUCAACUAACAUUAACUUGUAGUGUUUGUAAAUAAAAUGUAUAUAUAUAUACCUAA